AUGAAACUGGAUAGGGAUAGCUCGGGCUCCAUAGAUAAAAAUGAAUUUAUGGCAAUUCCCGGAGUGUCGUCGAAUCCUCUGGCAGGCCGAAUAAUGGAAGUCUUUGAUGCCGAUAACGAUGGAAGCGUUGAUUUCCAAGAGUUUAUAUCUGGUCUUUCGAUUUUCAGUGGUAGGGGUAGUAAGGACGAAAAGCUGAAGUUUGCCUUCAAGAUCUACGACAUUGAUAAGGACGGCUACAUAUCGAACGGAGAAUUGUUCAUAGUGCUUAAAAUCAUGGUUGGCAAUAAUUUGGAUGAUGAGCAAUUGCAGCAGAUUGUGGAUAGGACGAUAGUUGAGAAUGACAGUGACGGGGACGGCCAUCUGAGUUUCGAAGAGUUUAAAAACGCCAUCGAAACGACAGAAGUAGCCAAGAGCUUGACUCUUCAAUACGACGUGUGA